CAAUAGAGUCUCUCGAUACUGAGUACUGAACCGCUCAGAAGUGUCCUCAGCUGUACUGCUUCUGUCUCAAUCUGCAAACAUCUAACAGAGAUAAAACACACACAGGAGGUUCAGUUCGGUUUAUCAUUCCAUCGAUAACCUUUAAGUGCAGACAACAUGGGCAAGGGAUUCAGAGGCACAGUGGUAGACUUCCCAGGAUUUGAUGCUAACAGCGAUGCUGAAUCUCUCUACAAUGCUAUGAAAGGUUUUGGGAGUGACAAAGAAGCCAUUUUGGACCUGGUUACCUCCAGAAGCAACGCUCAGAGACAGGAAAUCCGCUCCGCCUACAAAUCACUCUAUGGAAAGGAUCUGAUUGAUGAUCUCAAAUAUGAACUGACUGGAAAAUUUGAGCGUCUGAUUGUGAGUUUAAUGAGACCCCCGGCUUACCACGAUGCCAAAGAAAUCAAGGACGCCAUCAAGGGAACAGGUACUGAUGAGAAAUGUCUGAUUGAAAUACUCGCCUCAAGAACAAACGAACAGAUUCACAACAUGGUGGCAGCAUACAGAGACGCCUAUGGUAGGGAGCUUGAGGAGGACGUUAUUGGAGACACAUCAGGACAUUUCAAGAAGAUGCUGGUCGUGUUGCUUCAGGGGACCAGAGAUGAUGAUGACAUGGUGUAUGAGGAGCUAAUAGAGGAGGAUGCUCAGUCUCUGUACGCUGCUGGAGAGGAGAAGUGGGGGACGGAUGAAGCCAUCUUCAUCAUGCUGCUGGGCAACCGCAGCAUAACCCACCUGCAGCUAGUGUUUGAUGAGUAUCAGAAGAUUGCUGAGAAAUCGAUCGAGGACAGUAUUAAGAGUGAACUGUCGGGAGACUUCGAGAGGCUCAUGCUGGCUGUCGUGCAGUGUAUUCGCAGUCGUCCCAUGUUUUUCGCCAAACGCCUCUACAAGUCAAUGAAGGGUUUAGGUACGGCUGAUAACACUCUGAUCCGGAUCAUGAUCUCUCGUUCUGAGAUCGACAUGCUGGACAUUCGAGAAUGUUUCAGGCUACACUAUGAGAAAUCCCUAUACAAUAUGAUUCAGGACGACACAUCUGGAGAGUACAAGCGUACUUUGUUAAAGCUGUGUGGAGGAGAUGAUGAUUUAGCAGGGGAGUUUUUCCCUGAAGCUGCACAGCUCGCUUACAAGAUGUGGGAGAUCAGCUCCAUGUCCAAGGUCCAGUUGAGAGGAACCAUUCAGCCCUGUGCAGACUUCGACCCUGGCAGUGAUGCUCAGGACCUGAGGAAAGCCAUGAAGGGCUUUGGUACGGAUGAGGACGCCAUAAUUAACAUUGUUACACAGAGAAACAAUGCUCAGAGGCAGGAGGUCAGACAGGCCUUCAAAUCGAUCCUGGGCCGGGAUCUCAUGGCAGAUCUGAAGUCAGAACUCUCCAAAAACCUGUGCCAUCUCGUCAUGGGACUGAUGAUGACUCCAGCUGAAUUUGAUGCCAGAAUGAUGAAAAAAGCCAUGGAGGGAGCUGGAACAGAUGAACACGCUUUAAUCGAAAUCCUAGUGACCAGGAGCAACCAGGAGAUCCAGGACAUGUGUACAGCCUAUAAGAAAGCCUAUAAGAAGAGCCUGGAGGAUGCCCUUAAAUCUGAUACCUCUGGACGUUUCUGCCGGAUCUUGGUUUCCUUGGCACAGGGAGCUCGUGAAGAAGGCCCGGCUGACAUGGCCCGAGCACAGGAAGAUGCCCAAGCUCUGGCUGAUGCAUGCAAUGCUGACUCUGAUGAGAUGUUGGAUAAGUUCAUGAGCAUUCUGUGUACACGGAGUUUCCUUUACCUGAAGAAAGUGUUCCAGGAGUUUGUCAGGUGCUCCAACAAGGACGUUGAACAAAUCAUCAAGAAGGAGAUGUCUGGAGAUGUUAAAAAUGCCAUGUAUGCUAUUGUGAGAAGUGUGAAGAACCAGCCCUCGUACCUCGCUGAUCGACUCUACAAAGCCAUGAAGGGCUUGGGUACGGACGACCGAGCCUUGAUCCGCAUCAUGGUGUCUCGCUCUGAGGUCGACCUCUUCAACAUCCGGAAGGAGUUCAAGGAGACGCACGACACGUCCCUGCAUGAGUUCAUCCAGGUAGAGGCUCUGGUCGGAGACACAUCCGGGGAUUACCGUAAAACCCUGCUAAUACUCUGCGGUGGUGAGGAUUAGGAGUCUGAGCCAUGUUUGUGCUUGCAGACACUACACUGUGAUCCAGUCUCCAAGUUCAGCGUGCUAUGACUGCCGUCGCCACACUCAUGCCAAAGCUGAUGACCUUUGACUCCUCGUUCCCUGCCCCGCCCCGGUCACUGUGUCUUGUGAAUGAUUUUUUUAUUUUUUACUGUUACAGUUAUGGCUUCAUUUUAAUGAAUGAUAUGGUGAAUUACCAGGUAUGGAAACGGCUCCAUCAUUACUGAUUAUUAUAGAAUCUCAGAAUGAUUUGAAGUAGAAGUGUACUGGAAUAAAAGAUCUGAACCUG